AGCGCUCUGUGCGGCUCCAUAUUGGAUCUGCCUUUUCUUAGAAUUUGCACUGGAGGUCCGUCUGCGCAUAUUGUCUGACCUACAGUCUCACAGCCGGCUCUGCUACCCGGGCACAGGUAUGAGGGGUGUAGCCGACAAGCCGCGCUGUCACCCACAAAUGCUCCGCAGGCCUUUGUGUAACAGCCGAGCGUCAUUCUCACAGUUUUAACGUGGCUGAGAAAUUAGGUUAGAGGCGCACCUGAAGAACGCAACGAAAAGUGGCAUGCAGACUGAAGAAGAAAUAAUUGGAUUGAGAUAACGCCACACAGGCAUGAUGUUCACACUUACUGAGGUUGCGUCCUUGAACGACAUCCAGCCGACGUACCGCAUCCUAAAACCAUGGUGGGACGUCUUCAUGGACUACCUGGGGCUGGUCAUGCUCAUGCUGGCCAUAUUCGCCAUGACCAUGCAGAUCACCAAGGACCAGGUGGCCUGCCUUCCUUGUCUGGAGGACGCAGACGAGGCAGCAGGACCUAAGCAUGACCCGUUCCCCCCACAGAGCACGCGGGAGACAGCCACCGGGGCCUCUGUAACCAACAUCCCACUAGUCACUAAGGACCUACCGGACAGAGCGGUCCAUGAGCUCUACGUCACGCAUCAACACACUGCUGUGAAUGCAGAGAAGUAUGCCAACCAACCUCAACCAACAGGGGUCAAGACCAAUUUGGACUAUCAACAAUAUAUCUUUAUCAACCAAAUAUGUUACCAUGUUGCCUUGCCCUGGUACUCCAAGUACUUUCCAUACCUCACCCUCAUCCACACCCUUGUUCUCAUGGUCAGUAGCAAUUUCUGGUUCAAAUACCCCAAAACAAGCUCAAAGAUCGAACAUUUUGUUUCUAUUCUGGGAAGAUGUUUUGAGUCCCCUUGGACGACGAAGGCUUUAUCUGAAACAGCUUGUGAGGACUCCGAGGAGAACAAACAGAGGUUGACCGGAACAUCCUCAGCACCAAAGCAGAUAUCUUUAGAAGGGAAGGAGGAAGGCACAAAUGCCAACUCCUCGACACCCAUGCUUGGGGUGAAGUUCUCAGCAGAUAAGCCCAUUGCGGAGGCCCCAAGUAGUAUGACAAUCUUAGAUAAAAAGGACGGAGAGCAGGCCAAAGCCCUAUUUGAGAAAGUGAGAAAAUUCAGAGCUCAUGUUGAGGACAGUGAUUUCAUCUACAAGCUUUAUGUAGCUCAGACUAUUGUCAAAACGGUCAAGUUUAUUUUGAUAUUGUCCUACACCUCAACCUUCUUGGCUAAAAUUAAUUUUAAACAUGAUUGUGAACCUGAUAUUAAACAGUUAACUGGAUACAGAAAGUUCUUCUGUACGCACAACAUGGCUUUCAUGCUAAACAAGCUGCUUAUUAGCUACAUGGCUUUGAUACUGAUCUAUGGGAUGGCGUGCUUGUACUCUCUCUUCUGGGUGUUCCGACGACCUCUGAAAGAGUACUCAUUUGAGAAGGUCAGGGAAGAGAGCAGCUUUAGUGACAUUCCUGAUGUCAAAAAUGACUUUGCAUUCCUCUUACACAUGGUUGACCAGUAUGACCAACUCUACUCCAAGCGCUUUGGUGUCUUCUUGUCUGAGGUCAGUGAAAACAAGUUGAGAGAGAUAAGCCUCAAUCACGAAUGGACCUUUGAGAAGCUACGGCAGCUGGUAACCCGUAAUGCACAGGACCAACUGGAACUGCAUCUUUUCAUGCUCUCGGGUCUCCCAAAUGCAGUGUUUGACCUUACAGACUUGGAAGUGCUCAAACUGGAGCUGAUUCCUGAGGUGAGAUUCUCAGCAAAGGUUUCCCAAAUGACCAGCCUGCAGGAGCUGCAUCUCUGCCACUGUCCAGCCAAAGUAGAGCAGACAGGUUUUGCUUUCCUCCGUGACCAUCUUCGUUGCCUUCAUGUCAAGUUCACAGAUGUUGCUGAGAUCCCAACUUGGGUGUAUUUGCUGAGGAGUUUGCGGGAGCUUAACCUUAUCGGGAACUUGAGCUCAGAAAAUAACAAGAUGAUCGGUCUAGAGUCCAUGCGAGAUUUGAGGCAUUUAAAGACAUUAUGCCUGAAGAGUAACCUCACGAAAAUGCCCACAAACAUCACAGAGCUGUCACCACAUCUAAUAAAGUUAGUGGUACACAAUGACGGUACAAAACUGGUGGUACUAAAUAGUCUGAAAAAAAUGACCAAUCUAAUCGAACUGGAGCUGCACAGCUGUGAACUGGAGAGGAUUCCACAUGCUAUUUUCAGCUUGACCAACUUACAGGAACUUGACCUGAAAUCUAACAACAUCCGAACCAUAGAGGAAAUCAUAAGCUUCCAGCACCUCAAGAGGCUGACAUGCCUUAAACUUUGGCACAACAAAAUUAUCACCAUUCCAUCCUCCAUCGGCCAGGUCAAGUCUCUGGAGUCUCUCCACCUCUCGCACAAUAAACUGGAGUCUCUGCCUCCAGCCCUGUUCACUCUACCUAAACUGCGACACUUGGACGUGGGCCACAACUCCAUCACAGUGCUGCCACCGGAUGUGGGUCUUCUACACAACCUCCAGCACUUAGCCAUCAAUUCCAACAAGCUGGAGGUGCUGCCUAAACCUCUGUUCAGGUGCACCAAGCUAAAAGUGUUGUGCCUGGGGUACAACGCGCUCACUGUGCUGCCAGAGACUGCGGGUCAGCUGGUCCAGCUCACUCAGCUGGAGCUGAGAGGAAACUGUCUGGACAGACUGCCAGCCCAGCUAGGCAACUGUCGCCUGCUGCGCAAAAACGCCCUGAUUGUGGAGGACCAUCUCUUUGACACACUGCCUGUGGAAGUUAAGGAGAGCAUCAGCCGAGAGACCAACGUGUCUUUUACGAGUGGCUUAUAGCACAAAAUGACCAUUCAGACAGGCUGGUAGCUGUGGUGGUAGCCUGUAUAAUGGGAUGGAAUAGUGAUCUUUUUACUAUUAUUGUUUUAUUAUUGUUAUAUCCACAAAAAUGAAUGCAUUUUCUUGAUUGUUUUAAUGGGUUGUCUUAGAUGCUUAUGUAGUAAAAUGAAUGCAGAUCACUUUUAAUGUUGCAGAGUAUGUAUCAUCUAAUUCAACAUUAUUCAGAUUUUUGGCAAUUAGCAUUUCAGAGCUUUGAACAAUAAAACAUUAGGAAAUUAGAUUCUCUUUUUAAUACUCUGUAGACCAAAACUGUUUGCUCACAGUAUGUAGAUGUAUCACUAAUGUUUUAGGUACUCAGGUAAACUUGUAACCAUGGGGAACAAUCUUUUUUGCCUUAACUGCUGCUAUUUUUUUACAGUGAGGGCUUUCACAAACAAAAGGCCAAAAAUGACAAUUUCAUGUUGUAUUGUCACUUUUCAUAUGAACUCACAGCAAUUUCUAUAUGUGAUGGAAGAGAACACAAUGUAAUGCUCCCUUCCUGGUAAUUUUUAACUUUUGUUGAAAUCACAUAACCUUUAUUUUAAUGUCUUAUAGUUAACAGAAUGAUUUCAGAGUUGUAAAACUCAGGUGGAGACUAAGCACCAGAAAUGAACUUUUACCUUUGUAGAGAUUGUAUACUAAAGCCUAGAGUAAUUCAUUUGCACAUUGAAAACCUAAUGAUAUAAAGAUCAGUGAAUAUCUUUUGUGAUAACGUGUUCCUACACAGACAUGAGCUAAUAAAAGGGAAAUCUUUUGACCAUCUUUCUUAAUCAUGUUUUAAAAAUUAAAUGUGUAAUUAAAUGGGUCAUGGCUUGGACUGAUUAUGUAAUGAUAAACCUGUCUGCCUUCAUUCUUCUCAAUGUAUUUCUGUGUAGGCCAACAUAUAAGUGUUCUUCAGAGCUGCUGUACCACCUUGGUGAUCCUAUGCUCAAAGUUCAAACUCUAUGGCACAAUAAAACAAGAUUUUAGAUGAA